AUGCAAUUCUCUACUGUCGCUUCUUUCGUUGUCGUUUCCGGUGCCGUUGCCUUGGCCCAAACCACCACCGCCGCUGCCGUCUCCCAAAUCGGUGACGGUCAAAUCCAGGCUACCUCUGGUGCUGCUUCUUCUGCUCCAGCCUCUUCCGCUCCAGCUUCUUCCACUGGUAACGCUACCAUUCUAACCCAGACCGCUAACGGUGCUGCUAACCUAGGUUCCGGUGCUGCUGCUAUGGCUGGUUUGGUCGCUGCCGGUGCCAUGCUUAUCUAA